CUCUAAAAAAUCAUCCAGUUUUCUAAAUUAUGGAAAUUUUGUGGAAGACGUUGACCUGGAUUUUGAGCCUCGUCAUGGCUUCAUCGGAAUUUCAUAGUGACCACAGGCUUUCAUACAGUUCUCAAGAGGAAUUCCUGACUUAUCUAGAACACUACCAGCUAACUAUUCCAAUAAGGGUUGAUCAAAAUGGAGCUUUUCUCAGCUUUACUGUGAAGAAUGAUAAGCACUCCAGGAGAAGACGGAGUAUGGACCCUUUUGAUCCACAACAGGCAGUAUCUAAGUUAUUUUUUAAACUUUCAGCCUAUGGCAAGCACUUUCACCUAAACUUGACUCUCAACACAGAUUUUGUGUCCAAACAUUUUACAGUAGAAUAUUGGGGGAGAGAUGGACCCCAGUGGAAACAUGAUUUUUUAGACAACUGUCAUUACACAGGAUACUUGCAAGAUCAACGUAGUACAACUAAAGUGGCUUUAAGCAACUGUGUUGGGUUGCAUGGUGUUAUUGCUACAGAAGAUGAAGAAUAUUUCAUUGAACCAUUAAAGAAUACCACAGAGGACUCCAAACAUUUUAGUUAUGAAAAUGGCCAUCCUCAUGUUAUUUACAAAAAGUCUACUCUUCAACAACGGCAUCUAUAUGAUCACUCUCAUUGUGGGGUUUCGGACCUCCUAAGAAGUGGCAAACCUUGGUGGUUGAAUGACACAUCUGCUUUUCCUUCUUCACUACCAAUUAAUGGCAUACAUAUCCACCAGAGACAGAAGAGAUCAGUAAGCAUUGAGCGGUUUGUGGAGACAUUAGUAGUGGCAGACAAAAUGAUGGUGGGCUACCAUGGCCGCAAAGACAUUGAACAUUACAUUUUGAGUGUGAUGAAUAUUGUUGCCAAACUUUACCGUGAUUCCAGCCUAGGAAACGUUGUGAAUAUUAUAGUGGCCCGUUUAAUUGUUCUCACAGAAGAUCAGCCAAACUUGGAGAUAAACCACCAUGCAGACAAGUCCCUCGAUAGCUUCUGUAAAUGGCAGAAAUCCAUUCUCUCCCACCAAAGUGAUGGAAACACCAUUCCAGAAAAUGGGAUUGCCCACCACGAUAAUGCAGUUCUUAUUACUAGAUAUGAUAUCUGCACUUAUAAAAAUAAGCCCUGUGGAACACUGGGCUUGGCCUCUGUGGCUGGAAUGUGUGAGCCUGAAAGGAGCUGCAGCAUUAAUGAAGACAUUGGCCUGGGUUCAGCUUUUACCAUUGCACAUGAGAUUGGUCACAAUUUUGGUAUGAACCAUGAUGGAAUUGGAAAUUCUUGUGGGACGAAAGGUCAUGAAGCAGCAAAACUUAUGGCAGCUCACAUUACUGCAAAUACCAAUCCCUUUUCCUGGUCUGCCUGCAGUCGAGACUAUAUCACCAGCUUUCUAGAUUCAGGCCGUGGUACUUGCCUUGAUAAUGAGCCUCCCAAGCGUGACUUUCUUUAUCCAGCUGUGGCCCCAGGUCAGGUGUAUGAUGCUGAUGAACAAUGCCGUUUCCAGUAUGGAGCAACAUCCCGCCAAUGUAAAUAUGGGGAAGUGUGUAGAGAGCUCUGGUGUCUCAGCAAAAGCAACCGCUGUGUCACCAACAGUAUUCCCGCAGCUGAGGGAACACUCUGUCAAACUGGGAAUAUUGAAAAGGGGUGGUGUUAUCAGGGAGAUUGUGUUCCUUUUGGCACUUGGCCCCAGAGCAUAGAUGGGGGCUGGGGUCCCUGGUCACUAUGGGGAGAGUGCAGCAGGACCUGCGGGGGAGGCGUCUCCUCAUCCCUAAGACACUGUGACAGUCCAGCACCUUCAGGAGGUGGAAAAUAUUGCCUUGGGGAAAGGAAACGGUAUCGCUCCUGCAAUACAGAUCCAUGUCCUUUGGGGGCCCGAGAUUUUCGAGAGAAACAGUGUGCAGACUUUGACAAUAUGCCUUUCCGUGGAAAGUAUUAUAACUGGAAACCCUAUACUGGAGGUGGGGUAAAACCUUGUGCGUUAAACUGCUUGGCUGAAGGUUACAAUUUCUACACUGAACGUGCCCCUGCGGUGAUUGAUGGGACUCAGUGCAAUGCAGAUUCACUGGAUAUCUGUAUCAAUGGAGAAUGCAAGCAUGUAGGUUGUGAUAAUAUUUUGGGAUCCGAUGCUAGGGAAGAUAGAUGUCGAGUCUGUGGAGGGGAUGGAAGCACAUGUGAUGCCAUUGAAGGGUUCUUCAAUGAUUCGUUGCCCAGAGGAGGCUACAUGGAAGUAGUGCAGAUACCAAGAGGCUCUGUUCACAUUGAAGUCAGAGAAGUUGCCAUGUCAAAGAACUAUAUUGCUUUAAAAUCUGAAGGGGAUGAUUACUAUAUUAAUGGUGCCUGGACUAUUGACUGGCCUAGGAAGUUUGAUGUUGCUGGGACAGCUUUUCACUAUAAGAGGCCAACCGAUGAACCAGAAUCCUUAGAAGCUUUAGGUCCCACCUCUGAAAAUCUCAUUGUCACGGUUCUGCUUCAGGAACAGAAUUUGGGAAUUAGGUAUAAAUUCAACGUUCCCAUCACCCGGACGGGCAGUGGAGACAAUGAAGUUGGCUUUACAUGGAAUCAUCAGCCUUGGUCAGAAUGCUCAGCUACUUGUGCUGGAGGUGUCCAAAGACAGGAGGUGGUCUGUAAAAGGUUGGACGACAACUCCAUUGUCCAGAACAAUUACUGUGACCCUGAUAGUAAGCCACCUGAAAAUCAAAGAACCUGCAACACUGAGCCCUGCCCACCAGAGUGGUUCAUUGGGGACUGGUUGGAAUGUAGCAAGACUUGUGAUGGUGGGAUGCGCACAAGGGCAGUGCUCUGCAUCAGGAAGAUUGGACCUUCUGAGGAGGAGACACUGGACUACAGUGGUUGUUUAACACACCGGCCUAUUGAAAAAGAGCCCUGCAACAACCAGUCAUGUCCACCGCAGUGGGUGGCUUUGGACUGGUCAGAAUGCACUCCCAAAUGUGGUCCAGGAUUCAAGCAUCGGAUUGUUCUGUGCAAGAGCAGUGACCUUUCUAAAACAUUCCCAGCAGCACAAUGUUCCGAGGAGAGCAAACCCCCUGUCCGCAUCCGCUGCAGUUUGGGCCGCUGUCCUCCUCCUCGCUGGGUGACCGGAGACUGGGGCCAGUGUUCUGCUCAGUGUGGACUUGGACAGCAAAUGCGGACUGUGCAAUGUCUUUCCUACACUGGACAGGCAUCGAGUGACUGUCCAGAAACUGUUCGACCUCCAUCUAUGCAGCAGUGUGAAAGCAAAUGUGACAGUACCCCCAUUUCCAGUACUGAAGAGUGCAAAGAUGUGAACAAGGUGGCUUAUUGCCCACUGGUGCUGAAGUUCAAGUUCUGCAGUAGAGCAUACUUCAGACAGAUGUGUUGUAAGACCUGCCAAGGACACUGACCCAUGGAAAGCCAGAGAGAGCGCCUUGUCAUUUCAUCGUGGAAAUGCAUCCAUCACAGAGAGCCACCCAGAGGAAGAGGAUUGAUGUCCUUGCAAAUGCAUUACCCUGUGGAAAACGUAACCACUGGUCAGCCCUAGCUGACAGGAUUUCAAUAUUAUUUUAACUUCUGUGAAGUGGGAUUUAUUGAUCCAAAGUGCUGGACACGGUAUUAGGAGGGAAUGCCAGAUUGGAGAGAUCCAAACAACACAGGGAGACUUGUUUACUGUGGAACGUUUGUGUUCUUUCGAGUAAAUCCAAUAGCCUGUUUACCUCC